UCAGCGGAAGCGGAAGUAACAGUUGUACGGCUCCGCUGUGUAAACAAAAGGAGCGAAAUGCUAGGUUUAUUACUGCACAUAUACUAAUCACAACUGUUUAUUAUGUGUCUUUACUUCAGAUGUUAUUGUUGACUUAGUAAUAUACUUUAAUUUUGGACUUUAACUGGAAAGAUCGGCGAUGGACAGCGAAGUUUCAGACUUUGAUCAACCUCCAGGACAAGAGAAGCUGGACAGGAGAAACGCACCCGUGUUUUGUGUUUGUCGCAGACCAGACAUCAACUGCUUCAUGAUUGGUUGUGACAGCUGCAAUGAAUGGUUUCAUGGAGAUUGCAUUCAUAUAUCAGAGAAGACGGCCAAAACCAUCCGUGUCUGGUACUGUGAAAAGUGUCGAAGUAAAGAUCCAUCCUUGGAGAUCAAAUAUCGUCCCAAGAAAAGCAGAGAAAAAGAACUCGAGCCUGACCGUACAGACAGUCAACCAGACACUCCGGAUUUCAAGACAGAUGGGCGGCGCGGGUCACGGAUUAAGCGUUCUGCUCGCAUGUGUGGAGAAUGUGAACCCUGCAUGCGCACUGAAGACUGUGGACUAUGUGACUUCUGUAAAGACAUGAAGAAGUUCGGCGGCCCAAACAGGAUCAGGCAGAAAUGUCGCCUGAGACAGUGUGAAGUGCGCGCCAGGAAAAUGUUACGAGUAAAGGAUGAGGAAUAUUCCAUGUCUAAGGACAGAGACUAUCACUAUCACGAUGGUGAGCUGUCUGAAGACUACAGUGAAAAUGAGAUGGAGCUCUACCAACAGUACUGUGCCGGCCAGUACGGAGACCACAGCACGGGUUGGAACAGUGACGACGAUGACGGUUCGUACUGUGAUUCAUCCAUGAGAAACAGAGCCGUGAAGGUCAAGCAUGUGAAAAGAAGAGAAAAGCGAUCUGAAAAAAAGAAAGAGGAGAGUAAGUCCCGGAAGCACAAACCCAAACAGAAGCACAGGGACAGGGUGAGACACAGCGAGCGGGCAGAGGUUCGAGACAGCGGAGGGGCCAGACAGUGUCUCGGACCCGGAUGUGUUGAAGCUGCACGUGUCAACUCCAAAUACUGCUCUGACAGCUGCGGUAGGAAGCUUGCUGCCAACCGCAUCUGUGAGAUCUUGCCGCAGCGCAUUCAGCAGUGGCAGCAGAGCCCGUGCAUCGCCGAGGAACAGGGGAAGAAACUUCUGGAGCGCAUUCGCCGCGAGCAACAGGCGGCUCGCAUGAGACUCACUGAAAUGGAGAAACGGUUUCACGAGCUGGAGGGCAUCAUCGCCAAAGCCAAGCAGCAGGUCGUACAGCAUGAUGAAGAGGUGAAUGAGGGUGAUGAUGACACAGAUUUGCAAAUCUUCUGUGUGUCCUGCAGUCACCCGGUGAACCCCAAGGUGGCGCUGCGUCACAUGGAAAGGUGCUACGCCAAGUAUGAGAGUCAAACAUCAUUUGGCUCCAUGUAUCCCACACGUAUAGAAGGUGCUACGCGGCUCUUUUGUGAUGUUUACAAUCCACAGAGUAAAACCUAUUGCAAGAGGUUACAGGUUCUCUGUCCAGAGCACUCCAGAGACCCAAAGGUCCCUGCAGAUGAAGUCUGUGGUUGUCCACUGGUCCGUGAUGUAUUUGAGCCCACCGGUGAGUACUGCAGGGUGUCCAAACGCAAGUGUAACAAACACUACUGCUGGGAGAAACUCCGCAGGGCUGAAGUGGACCUUGAGCGAGUCAGAGUGUGGUACAAGUUGGAUGAAUUGUUCGAGCAGGAACGCAACGUAAGAACAGCCAUGACAAAUCGUGCUGGUCUCAUGGCCCUCAUGCUUCACCAGACCAUUCAACAUGACCCCAUUACCACAGACCUGAGAACCAGCAAGGACAGAUAAGAGUUGAAUGGACAAUUGCUGUGGAAGUUGUAUCAUCAUUUUGAAGAAAUGUCGGUCCUCAUGUUUUAGCAGUUGUUUGAUCAAUGAAACUGUAACUUUUAUGUAACAUUAAUGUAAUCUUAAGAGACACUUCACCCAAAAAUUAAAAUACUGUCAUGAAUUACUCACUCUCUAGUUGUACCAAAUCUGUAUAAAUUUCUUUGUUCUGAUGAACGCAGAGAAAGAAAUUUGGAAGAAUGCUUAUAACCAGACAGAUUUUGCCCCCCGUUGACUAGCAUAGUAGGAAAAAAACAAUGGCAGUCAAAAGUGCCCCAGGAUUGUUUGCUGUCCUACAUUCUUCAAAAUGUCUUGUGCGUUCAACAGAACAAAAAAAUGAUGAAGUAAAUUUUCCUACUAAGGGAGUCAAUGGGGGGCAAAAUCUGUUUGGUUAAAAGCAUUCUUCCAAAUAUCUUUCUCUGUGUUCAUCAGAACAAAGACAUUUAUACAGAUUUGGAACAACUCGAAGGUGAGUAAAUGAGGACAGAAUUUUCAUUUUUGGGUGAAGUAUCCCUUUAACACAGUGCUGUAACCGAACAUUUGUUCUUUUAGACUUUGUAUUAAUCUAAUAAGUGUAUUUGUGCAUUAAAAUUAAACUAUGAACUAUA